AUGAAGAUGUCGGACGCUAAGCAGAAGAGGAAUGAGCAGUUAAAGCGAUGGCUAGGCUCAGAGACGGACUUAGAGCCUCCUGUUCUGAAAAAGAAAAAGACGAAGGUGAAGUUCGAUGAUGGCGCCGUGUUUCUGGCUGCCUGCUCCAGCGGAGAUACCGAGGAGGUGCUUCGUCUGCUGGACCGGGGCGCUGACAUCAACUACGCUAAUGUAGACGGCCUCACCGCACUCCACCAGGCCUGUAUAGACGACAAUGUGGACAUGGUGACCUUCCUGGUGGAGCAUGGAGCCAACAUCAACCAGCCUGACAAUGAGGGCUGGAUUCCCCUCCAUGCUGCAGCCUCUUGUGGGUAUAUGGACAUCGCAGAAUUUUUAAUUGUCCAAGGGGCAAAUGUGGGAGUUGUAAACAGUGAAGGUGAGACGCCUCUCGACAUCGCAGAGGAAGAAGCAAUGGAACAACUCCUACAAAAUGAGAUCAACCGACAAGGGGUGGACAUUGAAGCCGCUCGAAAAGAAGAGGAGCGUGUCAUGCUUCGAGACGCACGACAGUGGCUCAACAGUGGCCAGAUCCACGAUGUCCGACACACAAAGUCUGGAGGAACAGCGCUCCAUGUCGCUGCUGCUAAAGGAUAUGUAGAGGUUUUAAAACUUUUAAUUCAAGCGGGGUAUGAUGUAAAUAUUAAGGACUACGAUGGCUGGACUCCUCUUCAUGCUGCAUCUCACUGGGGCAAAGAGGAGGCCUGUCGGAUACUGGUAGAAAACUUGUGUGACAUGGACCUCAUUAACAAAAUGGGUCAAACGGCUUUUGAUGUAGCAGAUGAGGAUGUCCUGGGAUACUUAGAAGAACUACAAAAGAAACAAAAUCUAUUAAUGGGUGAGAAGAAGGAUACUAAAAAGUCUCCGCUGAUUGAAACGAGCACCACAGGAGACAACAACCAAUCACUAAAACCACUGACGAGCAAAGAAACCCUCCUAAGUGAGCCGGAGAAGACUGCCCUUCGAAUUGAGACUCUCGAACCAGAGAAAGUGGAUGAAGAGGACGAGGGGAAGAAGGACGACUCUAGCUGCUCCAGUGAAGAAGAGGAUGAAGAGGAUUCAGAGUCGGAAACAGAAGCAGAAAAGAGCAAGCCGACAGCUGUGGUCAGCAACAGUACACCUACGCCGUCUGCUGUCACUGUCUCACCUCCUACAAGCCCAACCAACCCGGUGACAACGCCCACAUCACCAGUGAAAAAGUUUGAAUGUAACACUCUCCCCAUGCCUGUGGCGGGGCCCGGCUGUCCAGCAUUGUGGCGCCAGGGCUUGCGCAAAACUGGCAUUUCUCUUGGUCCAAAAAAACCUAUGGUUGUUCAGCCUGCUGGUAAAAUAUCUCCUAAAGUGGAAGAGGAGAGAAAGGAUGAAUCUCCAGCAUCUUGGCGCCUGGGUUUGAGGAAGACUGGCAGCUACGGGGCAUUGGCUGAGAUCACAGCCACAAAAGAAGCCCAAAGAGAGAAGGACACGACAGGAGUGAUGCGCUCUGCAUCGAGUCCUCGUCUGUCCUCCUCUCUGGACAAUAAAGAUAAAGAGAAGGAAAAAGACAAAGGAACCAGACUUGCUUAUGUGGCUCCCACUAUUCCAAGAAGAUUGGCGAGUACUUCAGAUAUAGAUGAGAAGGAAAACCGGGAUUCUAGCACAAACCUAAUACGCAGUGGCUCCUACACUCGGAGACGCUGGGAUGAUGACCUGAAGAACAAUGAAGGAACCACCUCCACCAACCGAACCUCCAGCUACCAGCGCAGCACGUCUCAUACGCUAGCGCUAGGGCGCAGCGGCAGCACGCGGGACGUGCCGGCCAAAUCCUCCUCCACCUCCAGCUUGGACCCUAACACCUGUAGUACUAAACCCUGGCAGCCUCCCACCUCUUACUACCAGCCUUACAGCAUUUACCGCAGUGGCUCAUUUGGAAGGAGACAAGAGGACUCUAGUUCCUCGACCACUUUGUCGUCAACCACAACCACCACCUCAUCCGUUACCUCACCCACAGGCCACAGAAGCCUGCUCUCUAGUCUGGGGUCGUCCUCAGCUCGCACCGGCUCCACAAGUCUCACCAGCAGGUACUGGCCAGAGGAGAGUGUACAGAGAGAAAAGGAGAAGGAGUCUGCUGCAGUUAUUCCAACUAUAAACACUGGGUCAACUACAACAGUCACAUCAACCACUACCACAAGCAACAUUUCUACCACAACCACCGGCACUGGCACAGGCCCAGAGCGACGAAGGUCUUAUCUAACACCAGUGCGAGAUGAAGAAUCGGAAUCCCAGAGAAAGGCUCGUUCCAGACAAGCCAGACAAUCGAGAAGGUCCACACAGGGUGUAACACUGACUGAUCUUCAAGAAGCUGAAAAAACAAUAGGUAGAAAUCGUCCUUCAACAAAAACGCAAGAGGAGAAGGAGGAGAAGGAUGAGAAGGAAAAACAAGACAAGGAAAAGCAGGAGGAGAAGGAGACGGAGACCAAGGAGGAAGACUAUAGAUCCAAGUACCGCAGUUUUGAUGAGCGUUACCGGACUCCAUCCUCAACUUCAACCUCCAGCCUUUCUACAAUUGGCACCACCUCAUCGUCCUACUCCAGCUCCCUCAACAGACCAAACAGUCUGACUGGGAUCACCUCCUCCUACAGUCGCCCCUACAGAGACACAGAGAAAGAAAUCGAGAAGAAGGAGGAGGAUAAAGAUGGAGAGGAUAAAUCUCAACCACGCUCUAUACGGGAUCGCAGGCGGCCCCGAGAGAAGCGACGAUCCACUGGGGUCUCAUUUUGGACCCAAGAAGGUGAUGAAAACGAGCCGGAGCGGCAUUCGGAUUCAGAGGAGGGCAGCACCAAAGGGGACUCUCAGAUUGAAAGAUUGGGGAGAAAUGAAACUAGCACUUCAUGUUUAGACCGUAAUGAUGCUUUUAGUAGCCGUAGCUAUGAAAGUCGAAGACCAUACUCGAGCCGACAUGAUAAAGAUGACUCCACAGACUAUAGAAAGCUCUAUGAGCAGAUCCUGGCUGAGAACGACAAGUUGAAAUCCCAGUUACGAGACACAGACUUGGAGUUGACAGAUUUAAAGAUCCAACUUGAGAAGGCAACACAGAGGCAAGAACGAUAUGCUGACCGGUCGCAGCUAGAGAUCGAGAAAAGGGAAAGAAGAGCUCUCGAAAGGAAGAUAUCUGAAAUGGAGGAGGAACUUAAGAACCUGCCCCAGGUAAAGCAGGUUCAGGCCCUGCGGCAGCUCAAGGAGCGCCUGCAGGCUGAGAACCGGGCUCUGUCCCGUGUGGUGGCCAAGCUCUCGCAGUCCGCCUGCAGCCACCUGCCCAGCGUUGACCUUUAA